AUGGACCAGGCGACUGUUGUGGAGAAGAAGGGUGCGCUGGCCAACGUGGCGCGGCAUCCCAACGCCAUGCGCAUGAGCUUUCGCGAGUGCAGCACCGUCCUCAUGCACAAGAAGCUGGGCAAGACUGAAGAAGGCACGGGCGACGCGGCCGAUCAGCAACAGCAACAACAGCAGCAGGCUACAUGCGCGGACGGCGCUGAUGCCGGUGCUCGUAAGCUCACCUCGUCCCAGAGCUCCAGCAGCUCUGGCGGGCUCGUGCGCAACAAGCACGCGGAGGACACGCUGCGCGUUGCACUGGAGGACGACCCAGUUUGGAAGCCCGCAGAUGGGGCCGAUGACGACGACGACGAGGGCGACGAGGAUGACGCAUGGGACACAGCCCUGCUGCGGGAUGCUUCCUCAUUCAAGGUGUCCCGCUUCAGCCAGCAGCCAGACAUGCACGUCGCGGAGGACAACGACGAUGACACCGCGGAGGCAGAUGCUGAGGCGGCCAAGGCCAUGAAGUUGGCGCUCGGCGUGUACCCAUGGCAGAAGCCGGAUGCCGACGACAGCGGCGACGACAAUGACGACGAUGACGACGAUGAUGCCGAUGGCGCUCACCAAGAAGAGCCCGGGCUUGAGAGCGAGCAGCAGCAACAAGAACAACAGCAGCAAGAAGGUGGUAGUGCUGAGCAGCAGGCUGGUGACGACGAAGAAGUUGAAGCGCAGGCCCAGGACACUGACCUUUCCAGCGAUCCAAUGUGGGUGGACGAGCCAGACACGACACCAACAGGUACUGGUGUUGCUGAUGAGGCGACCGCCACUGCAGCAAUCACCACGACGAGCACAGAUACGGCACCACCAGGCACCGUCGUUGCCGACGUCACUGUUCGGCGCAUUUCCGUGACCAUCACACCAACGGGCGCCUUUGAGGGCGAAGUCAAGCACCUUUACGAGCGCGUGGAAUCCGUGCAGGUGCCGUGCGUCAGCAAGUCUGGCGCCACCGUCGUCACCAUGCCUGUCUGCUGCGUAUGA